CGCGAUCCUCUCGUCUUGAUUGCCAUCUUGAAAUCACCAGGACGGCAUAGAUUUCAACUAGCAUCAGCCAGCAUCAUCCUUUUCUUCAUUGCUCGCAUUGCAUUCGUUUUUUAUCUUUUCUUCCACACCUACAUCACGUUGUCAUGGCCCCACUGUCACUCGUUUUUCAACUCCUCGUCCUAGUUUUCUUCGUUCGCGCUAACGCCUACAAUCACCAGCGACAAAAUGACACCAACGCCGGUCUCGCCUACUCACCUCCCUACUACCCGUCCCCGUGGAUGGAUCCCGAAGCCAAGGGCUGGGAAACCGCCUACGCCCAGGCCAAGGCUGUUGUCGAGGACAUGACCCUCCUCGAGAAGGUCAACCUGACUACCGGUGUUGGCUGGAUGGGCGACCUCUGCGUUGGCAACGUCGGCUCCAUCCCUCGCCUCGGCUGGCGCGGUCUCUGUAUGCAAGACGGUCCCCAGGGCAUUCGUUUUGCCGACUACGUCUCCUACUUCACAUCCAGCCAGGUUGCCGCAGCCAGUUUUGACCGUGGCCUCCUCUAUCGGCGUGGAAACGCCAUGGCCGCCGAGGCAAAGGGGAAGGGCGUCGAUGUGCUUCUGGGCCCUUCCAUUGGUCCUCUUGGCCGGUUACCUGCUGCCGGACGGAACUGGGAGGGUUUUGGCACCGAUCCAUAUCUCGCCGGUGUUGCUGCCGCCGAGACGGUGAAGGGCAUUCAAGAUGCUGGUGUCGUGGCCAACGUAAAGCACUUCAUCGUCAAUGAGCAAGAGCACUUCCGUCAAGCCGGCGAGGCUCGCGGCUACGGUUUUGAUAUUGCCGAGAGUCUGUCCUCCAAUGUCGAUGACAGGACCAUGCAUGAGGUCUACCUGUGGCCUUUUGCCGAUACCAUCCGCGCCGGCGCAGGUAGCAUCAUGUGCUCCUACCAGCAGAUCAACAACAGCUACGGCUGCCAGAACUCGUACUUGCUCAAUGGCAUCCUGAAGCAGGAGAUGGGUUUCCAGGGCUUCGUGCUCAGUGACUGGCAAGCCCAGCACGCCGGUGCCGCGACCGCCGUCGCCGGCCUCGACAUGACCAUGCCCGGUGACACCGUCUUCAACUCGGGUGUCUCCUUCUGGGGUGCCAACCUGACCAAUGCCGUUCUCAACGGCACCGUGCCCGAGCACCGUCUCGACGACAUGGCCAUGCGUAUCCUCGCUGCCUGGUUCAAGGUCGGCAACUCCCUGGACGAGGUCGAAGAGGUGAACUUCUCGUCCUGGACGCGUGACACCGUCGGCCCCGUCCACUUCGCCGCCAACGAGGACGUCCGGGUCAUCAACCAGCAUAUCGACGUGCGUGAGAACCACGGCGACAUGAUCCGGAGCGACGCGGCCCGCGGCACGGUUCUGCUGAAGAACGAGGGCGCUCUGCCGCUCGACAAGCCCAAGUUUGUGGCCGUCGUCGGAGAAGAUGCCGGUCCCCGCUCGGUCGGCCCCAACGGCUGCGCCGACCAGGGCUGCAACGACGGAACUCUGGCUGCCGGAUGGGGCUCGGGCACAGCUAGCUUCCCCUACCUCGUCACUCCCGACAGCGCCCUGCAGAAGAGGGCGCUCGAGGACGGUUCCCGCUACGAGAGCAUCCUCAGCAACUGGGCGGACGACGCCACGGUCAAGCUCGUGUCGGAGCCCGACGCCACGCCCAUCGUUUUCGUCAACGCCAACUCGGGCGAGGGGUACAUGGUGGUCGACGGGAACCGGGGCGACCGGAACAACCUCACUCUGUGGAACGGCGGCGAUGAGCUGAUCAAGCGCGUGGCCGGCGUCAACCCCAACACCAUCGUGGUCGUCCACUCGACGGGACCCGUCCUUGUCACGGACUGGUACCAGAACCCCAACGUUACGGCCAUUGUCUGGGCCGGGCUGCCCGGGCAGGAGUCCGGCAACGCCAUCACCGACAUCCUGUACGGGCGCGUCAACCCGGGCGGCAAGACGCCGUUCACGUGGGGGCCCACGGAGGAGAGCUACGGCGUCAAGGUGCUGACCGAGCCCAACAAUGGCAACGGCGCGCCGCAGGACGACUUCACCGAGGGCGUCCUGGUCGACUACCGGUGGUUCGACAAGCAGACGGAGGACGACGACAUGGGCGUCACGCACGCCGACGGCAACGAGAAGGCUCCGGUGUUCGAGUUUGGCUUCGGUCUCUCGUACACCAGCUUUGAGUUCUCCGAUCUCCGGGUCGAGAAGAAGGACCCUCGUCCGUACAAGCCCACGGCGGGCGAGACGGCGCCGGCGCCGCGGUUCGGGGGCAACUACAGCCAGGACUACGAGGACUACGUGUUCCCGUCUGACGAGUUUUCCUACGUCUACCAACACAUCUACCCGUACCUCAACUCGUCGGACCCUGUGGAGGCGCUGGCCGAUCCCGACUACGGGCUGACGGCGGAGGAGUUCUUGCCCCCUGGUGCGCUCGACGGCUCGGCGCAGCCCAAGCUGCCGGCGUCGGGACCCAACGGCGGCAACGCGCAGCUGUGGGACACAAUGUAUACGGUGUUUGCCACGAUCACGAACACGGGCGACGUGGUGGGCGACGAGGUGGCGCAGCUGUACGUUUCCCUGGGCGGACCGGACGACGCGCCCAAGGUGCUCCGCGGCUUCGAACGCAUUCGCAUCGAUCCCGGCACGUCGGAGACGUUCCGGGCCGACCUGACGCGGCGCGACCUCAGCAACUGGGACGUGGUGACGCAGAACUGGGUGGUGAGCGACUAUCCGAAGACGAUCUACGUCGGCAACUCGUCGCGCAAGCUGCCCCUCAGCACCAGGCUCGAAUAGUACCGGGUCUUCGAUGAGGCGCGUCCGGAGAUGGAAAUGCAGAAAUUGCAGGAAAUGCAGCAGGAGCACACGAACCGUGGCGGUGCACCGUUUGAGCCGCGGGUGCACUCAAGCGGGCGUGCGGUCACCAACCCGGGGAGUCGUGCCAGGGCAUGGUGGAGGAGGAAAUUGCGGCAUGCAGGACGUCGUUGGAGGAGAUGGACUCGACCUGGCCGACGCUAUUUCCCCUAAAGUCGGGAUCCUAGUGUCCUAAGUGUCGCGUGGAGGCUUCUUUCCCUUGGUCCCUUGGUCCCUUGGGCACACAGCCAUGUCAUGGAUGGUACGAUGUCCAGCGCACGCCAG